AUGAGAGAUUCAGGUCCAUAUAUAAGAAAUCUCUCCAGUGAAAAAAUUCACUGCGCCUCUCGUUUGGGAACUUUCGUGGUAAUUAUGCAGUAUUGGAUCCUCUUGUCUGCGGUUUGUCUCGCAUCAGCCGGCAGCUACGACUCCCAGAGCAGUGGAUAUGAAACUGCUGAGAAGUAUGCACCAGUAGAGCCCCCUAUGCAAGCUACUGGGGGAGAUCCACUAGCCUACCAGGGAGAUGUAGCUCAUGAUCCAAAGUUCGUGCCAGCUCCAGAACCCGUUCAAGGGGUAAACAUUGAUACUAGCAAGAUUGUUGUGCCAGGAGUUCAAACCGUUGAAAUUCCACAAAUUCAACCAGUCCAUGUACAACAACCCAUUGGAGCAAUUCAGCCAGUCUUCGAGAAGCCAUACAAGCCAUACAAUGAUCCUCAAGCUGGGGGAUUUGGAGGACUCCCACCUGUCCAGAUUCCACAACAACACUUUGUUGUUCCCGGAGUUUCAACUCCUGACAUCGCAGCUCCUAAACCAGUUCUCAUUGCUCAGCCUGAAGCUCCAAUGAAGCUCUCAUUCAUUGAGCCAACUCCUCCACCAACCUAUAAAGACUCGGGAGCUAUUCCAGUGAAUGAGGCAUAUCAAAGUGCCGAGAAAGUUCAACAAUAUGUUCAUGUUGAUGCUAAUGGUGGUGAUCAGAACAAAUAUGGAGAUGAUAAGCAACCAGAACCAGCUCCAGCACCUUACAGACGUUUCCAUCGUUUCAAUAAGAGGGUUAUGCUUGCUUGA